CCUUCACCUUAUGCCACUUAUGCGAAGACAGUUAAAAAAGAAUCGAUGGGGUCUUUUUAUUUGUCUUUCUUCACUCACAAAAGCUGGUUUUACCAAUCAAUACUACGUAUAGACGCACCUAUAACACCUAUAAGUAUAACCUAUAAUAGCAACUAUAGCAUCAGUCACACAUGUGCAACGUCUUUCUGUAGCCUACCCCACAUCUAUACUCUUCUGGUUGAACAUUAACAAUGUUAUCGCUAACAUGAACUGCUUGAAGUUCAACCAACGCACCGCCAAGCUUCAUCCAAUAUCGAUCUGCCACAAGCUUCGAUGAGAACCAACGCACUUUACGUAGUAGCUAGUAGGAUGGAGAUGUUUAUUUACCAGGCAUGGUAGCAGCUCAUUACCGAGCAUCGUGCGAAAUAUACUGUAGCACUGGAACUGGAUCAAUUUGACUAGUUUUUGAUCGACUGAUGCUCUUUUGGACGACAGCACAGAUUGAAAGAGAUUGUAGCCAUUGGAUUCCGAAGCAUUGCUAUAACUUUCAACAAGGAAAUAUUCCCCGCGAAAAAAUAGCCAAAACUGUAAGGACGCUUGAAUAAUUCAAAUAUACAUUCUCUAAUAACAUAUAGUCAGUCGCAGAUGCGAAUGACAAGAGAACCAUCCAAGUAGGGUACUUAAAGGCAGGUACCAAGAUUGUCAAUUAUACACCAUGAGAAGACAAAGAAGAAAGAUCCUCCUGACGAUUGGCUGUUUUGUUGGUGCGAUUCUUCUUCUCAUGACUCUUGACUACCUUGGAGAGGGAGAUUUGGGAGAGGACGAAGGCGGCGAAUCUCUUUCUUCCAUCAGGUUUUUAUCGCUUUUCUUUAGCAGAAGGAAUCAUCCAGGAGUGUCCAAAGACAGCGACAUCACAUGUUACUUCUUUCAGAGAUGGCGACCCGAAGAACCCCUGUCUCAGCCAGAACUUGACGCCAGGCAAUGUCAGAAGCGAAUGCCACAUGGACUUGUUGUAGGAGUCAAGAAGGGUGGAACAACCGCCAUGGCAAGGUAUCUGGGCUUACACCCAAAGGUAUCUUUCUCCCGUUCCGUCCAACCUGGUCCGGACAUCACUGACGCAACAAUGGCCAAGUGGAAGGAGACCUUCCGACUGACGUCCGCAUAUCAGAUGCCAGUCACAGGAUAUCCGGGUCUCUUCAGCGGCAUGCAACCGCAACUGCUGCAGAUGUUGAGGAAACAUCUUCCUGCGGAUAUCAAGUUGAUCCUGAUGCUCCGGGACCCAGUGGAGCGGUUGGUGUCUGACUUCGUGCAUACGGCGACCAUUGCCGACCGCUACCAAGGAGAGGAGAGGAAGAAUUUUGAAGAACUCGAGGGGUUCAAAGGAACCCUUCACGCUACUGUGUUGGAUGAUCUCGGUCACGUGAAUCCCUUCGCUUCAAUAGUCCGCCUAGGAAUGUACGCCAUGGACUUGAGGGCGCUUUACCAACAGAUACCUGAGGAAAGAGUUCUAAUAGUCGACGGUAACGAAUUUAAGAAAGACCCAUUUCCGAUCUUGAUUCAAGUGGAACGUUUUUUAGAACUGCCCCCAUUUUUCAAGCGUGAUCACUUCCAGUACAACACAAACAAACAUUUUUAUUGCGCGAAUAUUGAAAGCAGGCCCGACGUGAAAUGUCUGAACUCGCAGAAGGGCCGAAAGCACCCGAAGAUUUCCGAUGCAGUCAUCGACAAGUUGUACGAUUUCUACCGUCCCCGCAAUCAGGAACUUAAAAGUGAUUUCGGUUUGAACUUUUCCUGGAUAGACCUCUGAUGCCAAUCUCGUUUUUAGUGUUCGAGUCACGCUAUAGUGCACCAUCUGCUCAUUAACCCGUUGGACACUAACACGUGCUUUCCAUAGACUCAAUCUCCAACGGUUUAAUACACAGUGCAGAAAUUGAGCCAAUAUUUGCCAAAGGGUAAUGCCAGCUUUUUAACCCCUCUCCAAAAAAGAGAGAUGAAUAUGAAUAAAUAAAUAGAUGAAUAAACAAAUAAUUUUAUCUCGAAUUUCAAAAAGACAAGUAAAACAAAUGAUAAUAACCAUUCUCAUUGAUCGAGUUAUUCCGUAAUGAAAAUGACAAACAAUAAUAAUAAUUAAAAAAGGAAUAAUAAUUAUUACUUCUCUCAUCAUCUUACUCUCUUUUUCCUCCCCUCCCUUCUCGGGGGGGGGGGUCGUUUCAUAAAAGUUGUUACAAUAAUAACUUUGCAAUAACAGUGAAAAGCUUCUAAAAUCCUUAUAUCUGAUUGGCUGAUAGUAAUUCAGUUAUAGAAAUUGUGUAUUUGUAAUUAUAGCAAGUCUUUUUAUGAAACGGGACCCUAUACGUUACACUCUUGACAAAUUUAUUCAAAUCAUUUGAGUAGGUAGUCUCUAGAUUCCAAUGAUCGAAAAUAAAUCCAGAUCGGCUGUGAAUAGUGAUCAGUCGAAUAUUAGAUUUAGAUAUAAACCUUGUGGAUAUAAAUCUUUUCCUUGUUUGAAUAUAGAUCUUUUCAGAUUUAAAAGCCAAUCCUUUAGAUCGAAAAUAAAUCCAAUAUUCGGCUGGUCAUUAUUUACGGCUGAUUUGGAUGUAUUUUAAAUACUUGAAAUUUAGAGUGUAUUUUGAAAGUAGUGCACUCAUUUCUAAUUUCUACUUUUAAAUCGAGCAUUAUUUGAAAAAUAUCAUUUAUUCGUUCAAAUGAAAAGACAUGUGAAUCUUUAUGCCAAGAAACCUCUAUUGAUUUUUUAUAUACGUAAAUGACUCAGUUUAAUAUUCAAAGCUGCAUCUAUUUGAUUUUUUUAAUUGCAUAAAGAGCGUACGUUGCUUUUAUUUUGUUAUUUGCUUAUGUGAGGAUAUUAAACGUUAUUAAAAUCAUUAUGGAUUUUAAGCUUACACUUAUGUCAUUUUUUAUAUUACAGAAUGGGUUCCAUGACAUUUACUCCAAAGACAAUUGCUCCGGUCAGUUUUGGAGGUAUAGAAAUUUAACCCCCAAAACUAAAUAUCUUGACCUCAUUCUAAACCCAAAACUCUAUACAAUCAUAACUCUACCGUUUGCCCUCUGAUAUUUUAAGACUGGAGUAAAUGCCGCAGGAGCAAAUGUCGUGUCGCCUACAGAUGAUUUAAGACAUCGAGUCAGAUGAAGGAAGUGUGGCAGAAGGGAUGAAAUUAAAGGGGGGUGGUUCUCCCUAACGAUGAAUUGGUCCCGGGAGGGGGGGGGGAGCGAGACAAAUUGCUGGAAUACGGGACUGUCCCUUGAAAGCUGGUCACCCUGGACACGGAGGAUUCUGAGAGAGAGUGAGGGAGAGAGAGAAAGAGAAAAAAGAAGGACGGCGAUUUACAAAGGGAGAUAUAAGAGAGGAAGAGAGGGGAGAGACAGAUGAGCAAACGAAGCGAAACCAAGAGGGGAAUUAAGAGUUAUUGUAAAAAAA